AUGAGGAUGGAAUACAAGACCGAGGACAAUGGGAGGCUGAAUAUGUACGCCUAUCCGCUGCAAGAUCAUACGUACUCCGUGCAACCGGUGAAACUUAGAUGUUUACACGAAAUUUCUUCGCUGACAAUGCCUUCCAAAAGUGCAGAAAAUUUCGACGAGUUCACUUCGAACACUUUCGGUGAAACUCUGCAGGCAAUUUUCAUUCGACCUUACAAUGAAAAGGUUUGGACUGUUUCUCUGAGUGAAAUGAACUGCGUCUGGGUAGAGAAUCGAGUACCUAGAACAUGUAUCGAAGAUCUGACGAGACGCUGUCGAUUGACACGUGUCGAGCUUGAUCAUGAAGAUAGCGCCAAGACCAAAUCGAUGUUUAGGUAUCCAAGAGACUGUCGAGGAAUUGGUGACGUCUGGAAGACAAUAGCAUCCGAGUUGCCGUCACAUUGGUUCCACUUCGAUGCACCAGUGAUAAGAAUAGAUACAAAGGCAAAAAUG